AUGAAUUAUAAUGAAAGAAGCAUGAAUGAUCAAAAGAAUUCAAAAGAGUGCAAAGACACUUAUGAUCAUAUCAGUUUAUCUGAAAAUGCUGGCACGUUGUCAUCGUCAUCAUCAUCAUCAUCAUUAUCAUUAUCAUCAUCAGCAUUAUCAAUGAAUUCACCACAAAAAAAAUUAACAACUAGUCACGAUGAACGAAAAAAACCAUUGUAUAGGAAUAGAACAUUUGUUUCACGUCUUCAGACUGCUGAAGAAAUUGAGAAAAGACAUCGUUUUCAGCGGAAUUUGAUGCUGUCACAACAUUUCGUACUUAAUGCCAGUGAAAAUUCUGAUAGUGAGCAUCAAAAACUUUUUCGUAAUGCUAGUGUACGCGUAAAACGUCUAAAAGACGCCAUUGAUGCACCACUAAAACGUCACGUAGGUAGUCUACGUGAAAUAAGUAAUCGAGUACAAAUGAAAGCUGUUCGUAAUGUUGUUAAUGAUUUAUCGAAUCGUUUAGUUAUGCCAGGUUUUUUCGUUAAUGACGAAGUAGAGCGAAAACGUGAAGAGGAUAAUCAUAGCAAUGGGGAACAUGGCGAUACAUUAACAUCAAGUGGCGAGGAAUCGGAUGAUCCAGAAUUUAUUGAAUUUCAGGAGCGAUCACUAAUUGUUGAAAAAUAUGAAAGGGGUCCGGAGCAAGAUGUUGAAGAGUGGGAAAAUCCAGAUUUAGAACUCUAUAAAAUUACUGACCGUUAUGGAUUUCUUCAUAAAGAUGGAAACAUAUCAUCGUCAACAGACGAAAGCGAAAAACGGCGAAUUGCGAAAGAAACAACCCGAGAACAGAAGUGGUUACGGAUGAUUACUCGUUGGACUUCUGGUGAAAAAGCAGAUAAACUCAGGAAACGGGUAUGGAAAGGAAUACCAGAAAAACUGCGAUCAUUGGUGUGGACACAUUUGUUGGGCAUAUCAAAAUAUCAACCAGAAAAUCGAAACAUUUAUAAAGAAUUAUUAAUGCGUGCUCGACUUGUUUCGAAGGAUGUUAAGCAGAUCGAUUUGGAUAUUAAUCGAACUUAUCGUGAUCAUAUGGCAUUUCGAAGACGAUAUGAUGUUAAGCAACAAUCUCUGUUUAAUGUUCUUGCCGCGUAUGCGAUGUAUAAUACCGAAGUUGGCUAUUGUCAAGGUAUGAGUCAAAUAGCAGCGUUAUUUUUGAUGUAUAUGGAUGAAGAAGAUGCAUUUUGGUCAUUGCAUGCGUUAAUGGUUGGCGAGAAGUAUUGUAUGCAUGGUUUUUUUGUGCCUGGCUUUCCCAAAUUAACUCGAUUUCAAAUGCAGUAUGAAAAAAUUCUUCAGAAAUAUUUGCCAAAUUUGAAGAAGCAUCUGGAUAAAGCUGGAAUACCACCAAUUUACGUAACGAAAUGGUGGUUCGGCUGUUUUUUGGAUCGAGUUCCGUUUCGACUUGCAUUACGGCUAUGGGAUGUUUUUUUAUUAGAGGGUGAUUCGAUUUUAUUGGCGAUGGCAUUAAAUAUAAUGAAAAUGCAUCGAAAACAGGUAAAACGAUUGCAAAUGGAGAAUUUCAUGGAAUAUAUUCAAACAACAAUUGCUCAAGAUUUUGGCUUCACGGAUGAAGAAACUAUGCUUUCACUUAAUGAAUGUUUUCGAAAGUUAAAUAAUGAUAAGAUAGUGCUCUCGUUAUCAGCCAAAAUCAAUCCAUCAUCAGAGAUGCCAAGUAAACCUUUCGGUCCUGUAUUAAGCAGAUCAAUGGUUGAUAUUCGUAUGGAUAUAGCAGAAAUACAAAGUCGUUAUUCGCGCGCGAACUGUAGGGUAGGAAAUUUUCGCUCAACAUCUGAAUGUUUCUUUGUUUGA